UCCAAUCGAUUCCUGAGAGAGGUUUGAUCGUCGUAGGGAGGCUGGUGCCAAAGUGCGACUUGAAGAGCAGCUUUAUUCAUGCAAAUUCAUAAAAUCAUAGGCGUGCCUUUGGGCGAUGGAGUCACAGCCGGAAAAGCAAACCCCCUCCUGGAUCAUCAUCAUCGACCUUCAAAGACUGUGAUGCGCAGCGCACGGACGCAUUGACAGUGACACCGGGGGCAAAUGUUUUAAAAGCACCGAGGAAGAGGAGAGAAAGUUAGCUAUCGUUUUCCACACGCCUCUCGACUGGCUGCACUUCUUGCUCUACUGCUGCGCCACUGGAACUCCAAACCCACAGGCUUAUUGCUGUCACUAUUUGCCUUAGGUUUUCAAUAUAUCCUUACUCUAUCUCUAUAUGUUUACAGUCAAUUCGGACGAGUUCAGAUAGUGAGAAUCCUGAUGCGGAGGAAGUUUCAGUCACAGAAUUUGUGCGUAAAGACGCGAUCACUGAUUUUAUUUUGAGAACACUACUCAUUUUUUUUUUUUUUUUUUUUUUUUCAUUUUUAUUUGAAUCGCUGUGGACUUUUUCCCCACCCUUCACCAUGUCAGAGGACGACAGUAGCUCCACCGCCAGCUCUAUGUCUGACACCGAAGCCAGCAACGUCAGCGUUCUCAGCUGGGAGCAAGUGCAGCGGCUGGACGCCAUCCUGACGGAGACCAUCCCGAUCCACGGCCGGGGGAACUUCCCCACCCUGGAGAUGCAGCCCCGGCAGAUCGUAAAAGUGGUGCGCAGUCGGAUGGAGGAGAAACGGAUCCACGUCCGGGACGUUCGGUUAAACGGCUCUGCAGCGAGCCACAUUCUGCAUGGGGACAGCGGACUGGGCUACAAGGAUCUCGACCUCAUAUUUUGUGCCGAUAUGAAAGGAGAAAGUGAUUUCCAGACUGUGAAGGACAUAGUUUUGGACUGUCUCCUGGAUUUCCUACCCGACUGCGUAAAUAAAGAGAAAAUCAGCCCGUUGACGUUAAAGGAAGCCUAUGUGCAGAAGAUGGUGAAGGUGUGUAAUGACUCCGACCGCUGGAGUCUCAUCUCCCUCUCCAAUAACCGCGGAAAGAAUGUGGAGCUGAAGUUUGUGGACUCUCUCCGGCGGCAGUUUGAGUUCAGCGUGGACUCCUUUCAGAUCAAGCUGGACUCCCUGUUGCUGUUCUAUGAGUGCUCAGAGAACCCGAUGGCCGAGACCUUCCACCCCACCAUCGUGGGCGAGAGUGUGUACGGGGACUUCAGCGAGGCCCUGGACCACCUUCGCCACAAGUUCAUCUGCACCAGGAACCCGGAGGAGAUCCGAGGCGGGGGUCUGCUGAAGUACUGUCACCUGCUGGUGAGGGGCUUCCGGGCCGCCUCCGAGUCCGAGAUGAAGUCCCUGCAGCGGUACAUGUGCUCGCGCUUCUUCAUCGACUUCUCUGACAUCGGUGAGCAGCAGCGCAAGCUGGAGUCCUAUCUUCAGAACCACUUUGUGGGCCUGGAGGACCGCAAGUACGACUACCUGAUGACCCUCCAUGGAGUCGUCAACGAGAGCACGGUGUGCCUGAUGGGACACGAGAGGCGGCAGACCUUGGGGCUCAUAGCCAUGCUGGCGGUUCGCGUUCUUGCCGAGCAGAACGUCAUCCCCAACGUGGCUAAUGUUACAUGUUACUACCAACCUGCCCCUUAUGUGGCAGAUGGCAACUUCAGUAACUACUACAUAGCACAGGUUCAGCCGGUGUUCACUUGCCAGCAGCCUGCAUACUCCACCUGGCUGCCCUGCAACUGAGUCAGCCCCAAGGAAAGGUGGAGGACAGAAUCUGAUUUGUUUAAACAAGAGCGAGCUGCGCGGUUGCCUCCUCAAACCUGCCCAGUGUUAGACAGCUGACAGCAAAAAAAAAGGAGUCCUCUUUUUAAUGUUUUGCAUCAAAGCCUGUCUUUGGCUUUCACUUCGAGUACAUAUUUCAAUGUGAAUAUCUCACAUUUCUCGAAAAGGCCUACUAAUCCUGCCCAGGCCAACUGGGUUUGGAAAAGACUAAUUUGUGGUUGCUUGGAAGUUAAAGGCUCGAUGCAAAUGUGCAAUGGCCUCAAACGCAAGCAGCAGAACUGUCAUCGAAUCUGUGUGGGACUGAUCGAAUUCUGUCAAGAACUGAUUAGCCAGCAUGUUUCAACAGCAGACCAAACAGCUGCAUCAGUGCC